AUGAAAAAAAAUAACAUCAGUGUACUUGAACAAAUUAAUUACUUAUAUAAACUAGCCAUUAAGUUUCCCGAAAACAAGUCAUUUAUUAAAAAGAUAGUCAACUUGACUAAUCACAAUCAAAUAAAACUUGGAAAACUAAAAAGAACAAUCUGUUUCAAGUGUAACAAAGUGUUGAUUCUUAAUAAAAACUUACUUAUGAAUUAUAUAAAAAAAGAAAGCGGGUUUGGUCUCUCAAGAAAAUGUACAGAAUGUCAAUCUGAAAAGUUUUAUGUGUUUCGUAAUAAAAAAUAA